AUGAUGUGAAAAUAAAGUACAGGCCGAUCAGACAUUAGUUAAAAUCCGACCUUAAGAAAAGGAAAUGGAGGCCCGUGCCAUUUUGGAGACAGGUGUGAUUACUGCUGGGUGCAUUUCACUUGGAACGUACCUACAGGAUACGGCCAAUGAGGGCUUUCAGUUCCACAGUCUAGGAUUUCUUGGCUGUUCCUAUAUUCUUGUCCUGUUACAUCAACUGGUGCCCCAAUUUAAUCCUGACCUGAAGCGAACAGAUGAAUCGAGAAGAUUAUACAGAACCAAAGCAGACCCAGGAAUCUGGUGCUGUGCCUUAUUGCCUUUGGCAUACAUUGGCUAUGGUAUCAAAGCAGGUAAUUUGCCAGUGCUGGAGACUAGCUUUCUCCUGUUUACCAUACCUCUAAGUCUGGUACACUACAAUGCCUCAAAUCUUACCCAGAUGACAGGUGCCCUCCAAUUACUAUGGCUGCGAUCUCAUCUCAUACAGCAAGAUGUGUUGAGUCUGUGUUUAUUUGGAGCAAUCUGCAUCUUGUUCUUCAUGCUCCUGUCAAAGAUUCCAGAGUUGUUUCCGAAGUCAUUCACAGAAGGGGAGGUAACUCUGGUACUACAACUUGUUCUUUUGGUUAUGCUCUCCCUUACGUUGGGUGUUGUAAAGGGAGAGGUUGACAUACAGGAUGAUCUACUUCCUGGUCAGAAGCUAGCUGUGGUGGCCUUUGAAGGAGUGUUAUUUGGCACAGUCAAGUUUUGGAUUGCCAGACAGUUAACCAAUGGACGAUCCACACCCUUAUUUUACCUGAUGUUUUGUACAACAGCUUUGACAGUUGUGCUGCCUCUCCUGUUUCAGGCAUUUGGGUCAAGCAUGUUGACCAAUGUCCUGGAGUUCAUUUUAAAAACUCCAACAAGGAAAAAGCUCCUGAUUCUGUGGACCAUCCUCAUAGGGUUCAGUGUUCUGACUGUUUAUCUGAGGAACACCUACAGUGGACAGGCAUCGUCAAAUCAGCGUAAAAUAUUCCAUCUUGUGAUGUUAUCAGUCUAUAUACCUGGGCUGGUGAUGGACCCAGUCUUCCUGUGGACAUCCUCAGUCAUAGCUCUAGGGGUCAUGGUCAUUCUAGAGGUGAUGCGAAUGAAUCAUAUAUGGCCUCUCGGAACAACUUUAAAAAAGAACUACAAACUGUUUGUUGAUAGUCAAGAUCAAGGGGAGAUAAUUCUGACACCAUUGUAUCUACUGCUUGGAAUGUUUUUGCCAAUGUGGAUAGUUCCAAUGGACAAAUUGAAUAGUUCUGACUUAAGAUUGUAUGCAGGAGUUCUCUCCCUUGGAGUAGGGGAUACAAUGGCAUCAUUAGGAGGCACCUAUUUUGGAAAACACCAGUGGCUAGGGAGUAAGAAAACCAUUGAGGGUACCAUGUUUGCUGUAAUCUCACAGCUAGCUGCUCUAUACGGUCUUUCCAAAUUAGGUGUUGUUGUGGUGCUUUGGCAGAGUAUCCAAGCUGUAAUUUUGACCUCACUCCUUGAGGCCCUCACUAGUCAAAUUGACAAUCUUGUGCUUCCCCUUUAUAUGUUCUGCCUUCUCUCCAUCCUUCCCUCAUAGCACUAAAGAUAGAUGUCUUAUGGGAGAGAAGUUGGCCUACUAUAAGGAGAGCUGUUUCUGGAUAUGCAGUGUGAUUGAUAUAUCUUACAAUGUAUAAAGUAGACUCAGCUGUAUUGAAGUGGACAUUUGUAUCAGUGUAAAUGAGAUAACAUAGAAACGGAGGAUCUCAACCUGAGGUUAAAGAUUCUUAAGUGCCAAACAUGAGGUUUGCCUAUUAUAUAUGUAAUGUCAUUUUCUUAAACAAUGCAUACUUAAACUGUCUUCUCUUUGGAAAAUCAAGACUUGUUUAUCACAGAUUUUGGAGAAAGUGUGGAUACACCUGUCCCGGGUUAGAGAAACAUGACUGUAUAAUUACCAUCUUCUCAUAUCUCUUUAUUUGUUAGUUAAUAGAUUUUAUAAUACUACAUACAUCAACAUUUCAAGAACAAAUCAUCACAACUGUAGAAGAACAACAAUAGAACUGGCCAAUAGACCACAGUUCUCUUUGUGGGCUUUUAUUGAAAGAAAAUAAAAAUAAACCAGACCACAUUAAAGUGACUUUCAUAUAUGCAUCACAGCCAGUAAGCUCUUUUGUACAUUAAAUUGAUCUUGGACUGAAUCCAGUCAACCAUCGCAUAAAUAAAAAAAAUCCAAGGAUGCCUAUAGGAUAUGUGUGGAUUCAUUACAAUGCGUGUUAGGUGUGGACUUGAGACUGGAUGGAUAUGGGAAUAUGUAAUGCAGCUUGGUGGACAGGUGAUCAUGGCAUACCCUACACUAUCAUGAAAUGCUUUAUAAACAUAAUUGGUUCAAAUUGCAUUUUGACUUCUUACUGUAAAGACACAUUGAGUGUAGGAAAAUUUGAAAGUGUCGUAAUGAAAACAUAUGUGAUUAUCUUUACCGUUUAAAGCAUUGGUAACAUAAAGUCUAGUCUCAAAAUUUAUCUUAGUUUUAUGUCUUGUUAUUAUUUGUGUAAAAUUUAAAAUACCAAGAAUGAAGAUUCCAAAGUUUAUCAAACAGGGACCAUCCACAGAGAUAAUUAUAUUGUACAUGUUAU